UCGGAAUAAAAUUUCCAUAACUGCGCAGCAUCUCUCUUCCUUUGUGUUAAUUGUCGCUAUAAAGUGUCACAAUUAUUACUCAAAGUACUUUUAUCUUUCUCUUUAAAAGAGGUUACUGCGUACCAAACAGUUCUCUAAUUGCGAGUAAAGAAGGCGGCUCCUGAGCGGAGCAGGCGAUCGAGUUGCGUGCCACACCGGAGGCGACUGGCUGACGCUCCUGAGUAGCGGCGGCCGUCGCGCGGUGUGUGCAGCUAGACACGGCGAGCCCCUCGCCCCACUCGCGGCCAGCGAGUGCAUAAGUGGAGGCAGUCGGACGCCGAGCGGCAGACGCAGCUCGUCCGUCAGCGCCGACCGACCGACCCACCGACCGACCAUGAAGACACCCGCGCUCUUCGACUUCAUCCGUCCGCACUGGCGGUCAGUGGUCAUCGUGCUGGCGCCCCUGCUGCUCCUACCCCUGCUCAUCGUGUCGCCCUCAAAAGAGGCAAAAUGUGGUUAUGUCGUGCUACUGAUGGCGAUCUUCUGGAUGACAGAAGCGCUUCCCUUGGCCGUGACAUCGCUCUUCCCCGUCGUUUUCUUCCCAUUGUUUGGCGUCAUGUCCACAGAAUCGGUCUGCAUUCAGUAUCUGAAGGAGACUAACAUGAUGUUCAUCGGCGGCCUAAUCGUGGCCAUUGCGAUUGAGCACUGCAACCUCCAUAAACGCAUCGCCCUCAAGGUGCUGCUGCUGGUCGGCACUAGUCCUAGACUGUUGAUGCUGGGUUUCAUGCUGAAUACUAUGUUUUUGUCAAUGUGGAUCUCAAACACGGCCUGCACUGCAAUGAUGGUACCUAUUCUGCAGGCAGUCCUUACAGAACUCAAAGAAAGCAAAAUGUUGGCGUUCCGAAGAAGCAGCUCGAUCAGAAUUUCCAUAUCAGCGCCUCGGGAAUCGGUGCUCGAAAACCAAGACAGUCAGCGGAAUUUGAGCAUCACAGAAGUGGAAACCACUGUUGUCCACUUCCAGACUGCUAUUCCUACGCAGGACGCCGUCGCCAUCAAACAGGCUGAAGAAAGGCUGCAGAAGGAGAUUGAUCAAAAAUACUAUCGGGACACAAUUUGUUACUUCCUGGCCAUCGCCUACGCAGCUAACAUUGGAGGCACAGGUACCAUUACUGGAACAGGAACAAAUUUGACUUUCCUUGGAAUCUUCAACAGUGCUUUCCCCAACGCAACUGGAUUGAACUUUGCCACUUGGAUGAUUUUCAAUGUGCCGAUGAUGCUGCUGAACAUACUCAUGGCGUGGCUGUGGCUCCAAAUCGUUUACAUGGGACUUUGCAGGAAGGGGAAAUCCUCGGAUGAGGGCAAUCCCAAAGCAGUGCGGCAAUUGAUUUCUACUAAGUAUCGAGAGCUGGGCCCCAUGUCCUACCACGAAGCCAACGUGCUUGCCCUCUUCAUCAUCCUCAUUCUGCUCUGGUUCUUCAGGAAACCUGACUUCAUUCCAGGCUGGGCUUCUCUUCUGCCUGCUGUAAAAAUUGACGACUCAACCCCGGCUAUUCUGAUUGUGAUCAUCAUGUUCAUUUUGCCUGCCAAUCUCGACUUCUUCAGAAUAUUUCUGGACAAUGAUGAGAAACACACAACAUUUGGUCGAAAGAGAACUGCUGCACCUUCACUGAUUGACUGGCCUACUGUCCAAAGAAAACUGCCCUGGGGUCUGGUCCUUAUGCUCGGAGGUGGCUUUGCAAUGGCACAGGCUGUUAAGGAAAGCGGCCUUUCCGCUUGGCUCGGCCAAGAACUGGUCGGACUCUCCGUCCUACCCCCCUGGCUGGUGGUCUCUGUGAUUUGUCUGAUGGCAACUUUUGCUACUGAAGUUUCCUCCAACACCGCCAUUGCCAAUAUUCUCUUGCCUGUACUUGCAGAAAUGUCGAAGGUUGUAAGACAACACCCCUUGUACCUGAUGAUGCCUGCCACUCUUUGCUGUUCUUACUCAUUCAUGUUACCAGUGGCCACUCCACCCAACGCCAUUGUUGCCGAGGCAUCUAAGAUGAAGACUAAAGAUAUGGUCAAGUCUGGAAUUGUGAUGAAUCUGCUUACAGUAGGAGCUUUAAUUUUGAUGUUUAACACCUUGGGAGUGAUCGUAUAUGACUUGGACACGUUCCCCUCUUGGGCAGAACCUAACGCAACCAGUGUAUCAAAAAUUGUGCAUAGAAUAGCCUUUAACCACACAACACCGAUUUCUUUGUCGUACUAAAUUACUUUGGUAUGGCAAGGUUUGCAUCAAUCACCUCCUCACACCCAACCAUUCCUACAAAUAAUGAGUUUUAGAUUCAUUGUAAUUUAUGUUUUACUAUGUAAGGAUAAGAUUAGUCUGCAUUACCAUUUUGAGUUUACUAGACUCUCAUCAAACUAUGCUUACUUAAUUUAAGCUUUUAGGGUAUAUUAGUUUUAUAUGCUUAUUUAAAGAGCAACUUUUGAUUUUCUCAAGUGCUUUGAUUACCAAAGUGAUGCUGUGAUGUUACACAUAUAGAGAAAUUCAAUCUUCAUAUUGCCCAAGUACCACAUGGAUAAGCGCUUUAUGUAAAAACUGAUAUUCAACACCCUAAAAGAAAUUUAAACCAGAUUUUGUGACUUGAUAGUACAAAAUGUAAUGCCACGCACAGUAGUUUUAAUUUUAAAACACAUUUAUUAGCACUAGAAUCUUCUGCAUAAUAGAAUGUAUAAGAACAAUCUAAUAAAAUAAAAACAUUUAAGAAAGGCGUUUGGUUGGACCAAA